UGGACCGGUCGGAACCGGACGCGGGGGGGGAUGGCGUCCUACUUCGACGAGCACGACUGCGAGCCCGGGAUCCCGGAGGAGCAGUAUCGGCAGAACGCGCUGCUGGAGCUGGCGCGGACGCUCUUCAGUGGGAUGGACAUUGACCUGGGCUCCGCCGACCUCACAGACUGGGACCACCGACUUCCCCCCCCCGCCGCCAAGAGAAUCGUCCAGAACCUCCCCACGGCCGUCAUCACCGGGGCCCAGGCCGACAAGGGUCUGAAGUGCCCCGUGUGCCUGCUGGAGUUUGAAGAGGAGCAGACGGCCCGCGCCAUGCCCUGCCAGCACCUGUUCCACGCCAACUGCAUCUUACCUUGGCUGGGCAAGACCAACUCCUGUCCCCUGUGCCGGCACGAGCUGCCCACGGACAACGCAGAAUACGAGGAAUACAAGAAGGACAAGGCCCGCCAGCAGCAACGGCAGCACCGGCUCGAGUACCUGCACGGAGCCAUGUACACGUGAUGGAGCCGGCAGCCCGAGGCUGCUCCUGCCCUCCUUCCCCGCCAGCCCACCCACCCCCCCGGCUUAUUAAAUUUCUUCCUUAUGUGGCCCCACAGGUACCUCGCUUAGGGCUCUGGGAAGGGGGAGGAUGGAGGGGCUAAGGCCCCUCCUCGACGGGCAGUGGCUCCCCUUCUUCAGAAGUGCCGAAGGCUGAGCCAGCUCACCGGGCCCGGCCGCCGCAGGGGGCCUGGACGUGCCGGCCCGCUAUGCAGUUUAGGAGCCGGCGGUGGGGAGGCUUGCUCAGAUGCCAGUCUCCCCCGGGGGAGGCGGGUCCUCUAAGCAUUGGGUCAGCACUGGAGAAUCAGUGAUUAGAGACCUCCAGACGGUUGCCGCCUCCUUCCAGACCCUCGUCGAACGGCUUCUCUGUGGACUGAAGCCUCCCUUCACCCAGCUCACCUGGUUCUGAGCCCCCGGGGAGCGAAGGGGCUCUUGCGUCCAGGAAUCAAUGCUUGGGCCUCUCAAGAGGAGCUGCUUUGCUCUAGGUCUCCACCCUACAGCAUCUGUCCUGGGGCCCAGGGUGGUCAGCACAGAGCGGCCCUUUUCCCUCCUGCCC